AUGGGAAGCAUACAAGUACCUGAGGGUGCUUUUAGCGCUCCGGCGCAGCAGGUCGUCCUCGACGGCUUUCUAUUCGACAUGGACGGCACCAUCAUAGACUCGACGAGAGCCAUUGAGAUGCACUGGGCAUCGGUUGGCAAAGAGAUUGGAGUGGACCCGGAACUCAUCUUGAAGACAUCGCACGGGCGCCGUAGCAUCGACACGCUCAAGAUAUAUUGCCCAGAAAAGGCAACCAUUGAGUACGCCUCCGAGAUGGAGGGACGCCUACCAAAGCUGUAUAGCAAAGAAGCAGAGGAGAUUCCCGGCGCCCGCUCGCUCCUUGACUCCAUAAUCGCCGCCAAGGCUACUCCCUGGGCAAUCGUGACGUCCGGGACGAAGCCGCUCGUCAACGGCUGGCUCGAGGCUCUGAACCUGCCGCGGCCCGAGCACAUGAUCACCGCCGAGUCGGUCGAAAACGGCAAGCCCGAUCCCACGUGCUACCUCAUGGGUCUCGACGGGCUCGGCCUCCGUGAUCGCGCCGCCAAUGUCCUCGUGCUGGAGGACAGCCCCGCCGGAAUCCUGGCCGGCAAGGCGGCGGGAUGCAAAGUUCUGGGGCUGGUCACCAGCCACACUGUCGAGCAGGUGGUGGCCGCCGGACCAGAUUGGGUUGUCAAGGAUUUGGCGUCUGUGAGGCUCGUCAGCGCUGAUAAUGGAAGCGUCACUUUGGAGAUUGUGGAUGCAUUGGAUUCGAAGCAGUUGAGCUGA